AUGGACACCGUUGCGCACGUCUUUCUGUUUGCGCUGGUGUACAUCUACCCGCCCGGCGAGUAUCCCCAGUCGCUCCUGGAAGAGUCGUUCUGGUCUGUGAUGGAGGACUAUCCCAUCCUCUUUGGCCGAGUCCAGCACGGCGCAGACAACGGCUCUGCCUCUGUGCUGAUCGACCCGGAGCUCAAGCCCUUGCUGCUCUUUGUUGACCGACCCGAGGACCACAUCGCUCUUGCCCAGGAGCGACCGCUCAAUCUCCUGCCCCUGCGCGACGAGCGCAUUUUCGCAGUCAAGGUCUCCAAGCUCGCUCACGGCGCCCUCUCUAUCGGGCUGUCGGCGCACCACAGUGUCCUCGACGGAGAUUCCAUGUUCCAGCUGAUGGAGUCGUGGGGCCGUGCUUUCCGUGGUCAAUCAAAGCUGAUGCCCUGCCACGAUCGCAGUCUCCUCUUCAGCACCGGCCCUCCGGCCAGGGCUCACCCCGAAUAUUUCACUGUGCCUGUUCCAAUCGAGGCCCUCCAAGCCAAGGCAAGGUCUUCUUCUGGCCCACCUUCGACGACCAGCGUCUCGCUCUACUUGUCUCCCGAGGAGCUGGUCAAGCUCAAGAACUGGACCAAUCCCCCAGACCAGCCGGCCGGCCACUUUGCCAGCACAAUGGACUCUUUCAUCGGCCUUGUGACUAUGGUUGUCGGUGCCGCCCGCGAUCCUCAGUAUAGCUUCCGUUCCAGCAACGCCAUCAACGGCCGAGCGAAGCUUGGUCUGCCUCCCAACUACUUUGGUAACGCCGUGUUCACUGCCAUCAUGGAGCAUCGCCAAGAGUGGAUCGGGCUGGACCAAGACAAGAUCGCCCAAGCAGCAAGGCGGGUUCGACAGGGUAUCGAGAGAACGAGCGCUGAGUUCAUGCGAGACACCGUCAACUAUCUCGAUACCCAGCCCAGGCAAGAACGUAUUGUACUUUCCAUUCAGAUCGGAAAGGACUUUAUCGUAAGCUCCUGGUCCGGCAUGGGCUUACUCAAGCCCGACUUUGGAUCCAAGCCAGUCUAUGCCGGACCAGUCCGAAUCGAACUCGAUGGAUGUGCGUUUAUUUUGGACUCGCCGCAGGGAGGUCUUGAGGCCUGUGUUUCGAUCAACAAGUCUGUUGGUGAGAGACUUCCGGGGCUGUGGCAAUCUGUCCGAGAUAGACUUUGA